AUGGGCUUGUUCGUUCUCUUAGGAGCUACAAUCCUGCUGAACCUUGGUAACUCGACUGGAGCUUUGAUUGUCGGAAGGCUCCUGCAGGGGGCUUCGGCAGCUGUGGUAUGGGUCGUUGGCCUGGCCUUGUUGGCUGAUACGGUUCCCCAGGAACGACUCGCAACUGCUGCUGGGUGGCUGACCAUAGGCAUGUCUAUCGGAAUGCUCAUAUCGCCUCUACUCGGUGGCAUAGUCUAUGACAAGGCUGGUUAUAAUGCCGUCUUCGGCAUGUGCUAUGCAUUAGUCGGCUUGGAUGUGAUCCUCAGACUGUUGCUCGUGGAGAAGAAGGUGGCUGCGAGAUGGGACGCAACGGUCAUGGGACGCUCAUCUGGCGAGGGAGACGCAUCCUCAGAGGACAAAGAAUUAGGCUCCAUCGCCAUCGCAAGUCGAAGCGACAGCUUAGGUCUUACCAGGACGACAACUCAGCGAGACGCGGCGUCUGCUGAAGCGCAACAAGAAAGUCCGCUUCGGCAACGUGUGCGCGAUCGCCUUCCUCCAGUGCUUUCACUCUUGUAUUCCCGACGCUUGCUUGCUUCGCUAUUCUGUGCGCUCAUUCAAGCAACAUUGUUGACGGCCUUCGACUCUGUCCUCGCGAUCCACGCCGCCAACACAUUCAACUGGUCCUCGACAGGCGCUGCGCUUCUUUUCCUUCCGAUCGUCAUACCGAGUUUCCUCUCGCCGUUGUGGGGCUGGUUGAGUGACACAUAUGGAGGGCGCUAUGUGGUUGUCGUGGGCUUUCUUGGGGGUUGCCCUCCCCUCGUCUGCCUCCGGUUUGUCGAUGAGAACACAAUGAAGGACAAGGUGCUGCUAUGCGCGUUACUGGCGGUCACGGGGCUUUUUGUGGGCAUGACGUUCGCGCCGGUCAUGGCAGAGGUAUCGGCUGUCGCUGAGGCCAAGGAAAGAAAGAUGAUCGCAGAUGGACGCCCAGGAUUCGGCAAAGGCGGUGCAUUUGCGCAGGCUUACGCACUAUACAACUCCGCGUUCGCUGCCGGCUGCAUGGCGGGACCUCUGUUGGCCGGGUUUCUUGCGGAGGACAGCGGCUGGGGGACUAUGGCGGGCGUCUUAGGCGCGCUGUCUGCUGUCACUGCCAUCCCGGGUUUUCUCUGGCUAGGUGGAUGGGUGCUAGCAAAGAACUAG